AUGUCACCAUCUCUCGAAUUUUACGACAAGGUCUCUAAUGAUCUUCCUAUCAAACCAGUAGCAACCAAGAUUCAUGAUGUGACUGGCAUUGCUGCUGUGGAGCUCGAUCAGUCGGAUAAACACGAUCUUGUACUCAAAUAUUUCCGCGCAUAUAUCGCAGAUCUUUGCCAACAGUUCAAUGGCGGACAUCCAGGCUCUGCCAUGGGCAUGGCUGCUAUCGGUGUCGCCCUAUACAAGUAUGUUAUGAAAUUUUCACCGAAAAACGGCAACUACUUCAACCGCGAUCGUUUCGUUCUAUCAAAUGGCCAUGCUUGCUUGUGGCAAUAUCUGUUCAUGCACCUCGUCGGAGUUGAAAGCAUGACAACAGAGCAAUUGAAGUCCUAUCACAGCUCUCGAUAUGACUCAAUUUGCCCGGGGCACCCCGAGAUCGAGAACGAGGGAGUCGAAGUCACAACUGGACCUCUUGGUCAAGGCGUUGCUAAUGCCGUCGGUCUCGCCAUGGCCACGAAGAACCUUGCUGCCACAUACAAUCGGGAUGGCUACACAGUUGUCGACAAUAUGACCUGGUGCAUGAUUGGUGAUGCAUGCCUUCAAGAAGGUGUGGGUCUCGAAGCAGUGUCGCUAGCCGGUCACUGGAAGCUCAACAAUCUUUGUAUCAUCUAUGAUAACAACAAUAUUACGUGCGAUGGCACCGCCGAUGUCGCAAAUGCUGGGGAAGACAUGAACGAAAAGAUGAAGGCAACUGGUUGGAAUGUUGUCGAUAUCCUUGAUGGCCAUUCGAACGUUAGCAGCAUCGUCCAUGCGCUCCUGAACGCCCGAAGUAGCGACAAGCCUACGUUCAUCAACAUUCGCACCGUCAUUGGAUUUGGCUCGGGCAAGGCAGGAACACCAGCGACCCACGGUGCUGCGCUCGGGCUCGACGACAUUGUGAACAUCAAGAAGUCAUUCGGUCUGAACCCAGAUGAACAUUACGUUCUCCCAUCGGCCAUGUACAGCUUCUUUGAAGACGUGGCUCCUCGUGGCAAGCAGCUUGAAGCUGACUGGUCUGCCACUGUUAGCGACUAUGAGAAGAAGUACCCGGAGCUGGCUGCGGAGUUUAAGCUCCGUGUUGCGGGCAAGAUGCCUGCUGAUUGGACCAAGUACAUCCCGCAGAAGGGGGAAUUUCCUAGUGAGCCGACCGCGACGCGUAAGUCGGCUGGAUUGGUUGGUAACCCUCUCGGUGAGAGCAUGGGCAACUUUCUUGUUGGCACUGCGGACCUUACCCCGUCUUGCAAUGUUGCAUAUCAGAAGAAGGUGGACUUCCAGUCGCCUGAGCUGAAGACCGCAUGCGGCCUGAACGGAGACUACACUGGGCGAUACAUACAUUAUGGCAUUCGCGAACACGCUAUGUGUGCCAUAUCCAAUGGUCUUGCAGCUUUCAACAAAGGCACCUUCCUUCCAAUCACGUCGUCUUUCUUCAUGUUCUACCUUUACGCAGCACCGGCUGUUCGUAUGGGCGCGUUGCAAGGUUUACAGCAAAUCCAUAUCGCGACGCAUGACUCGAUCGGUACUGGAGAGGACGGACCUACACAUCAGCCUGUUGCUCUCGCCGCGCUUUACCGCGCUAUGCCCAAUCUGCUAUACAUGCGUCCUUGCGAUUCUGAGGAGGUAGCCGGUGCAUUUGAGGUUGCUAUCAAGGCCACUGAAACGCCCAGCAUCAUUUCUCUAUCUCGCCAAGCCCUACCUCAGUGGAACCAGUCAUCGCGGUCGGGUUUUGCUAAAGGAGCCUACGUCUUUGUGGAAGAGGAGGAGUUCGACGUUACCCUCAUCAGUACCGGAUCCGAAAUGGUCUUCGCUAUGCAGACGCGCGAUCUUCUCAAGUCUGAGCAUGGCAUAACAGCCCGUGUCGUAUCUUUCCCUUGCCCACGCUUGUUCGAACAGCAGACUCGUGACUACAAACAGUCUGUACUGAAGCCAAAAGCUGGCAAGCCUAGCGUCGUUAUCGAAGCUUACGCGGCGAACGGCUGGGAGCGCUAUGCCGACGCUGCUAUCUCAAUGCGCCGCUUUGGCAAGAGCUUGCCGAGCAAGACGGCUUAUGAAUAUUUUGGUUUCCAGCCAUCUGUCAUGACACCAAAAAUCAAAGAUUUAGUUGAAGAAGUCAAGCGUAAUGGAAUUGAGAUCUUGAGGGGCGACUUCCGGGACCUCAAUGGUGCACUGGGUAUCGGUUUCGAGCAUUGA